AUGGCUCGCCAGAGUGAUGACCCCGCGUCUGUGGAGGUCGCAGACAAAAGGACUGCCCUGCGCGCUCUCCUCCAGUCGCACAGUUUGAUCCGGAAGGCGCUUGACACAGCAGCCCAAUCGGAACAGAACGUUCAGUCCAAAUGUGCCGGAGCUGCGGCAUAUGUAAGCGCCAACCCGGGGACGGUUCAAUGUUUCGUGCAUAGGGCGUACAUCACGGCGCUGAAUGACGAGGCAGCAGCAAUGGCCACGCGAGUCGCAGCUCUGGAGAAGGGCGACGAAGCUAUGGCCAAGCAGAUCGAGGCGUUGAAGGACUGGUUCAAGGAACGCGGCGUGGAUCUCGAUGAGGUGAAGGAUGCGGUUGGCUCUGAUUGA